UACUUCUAUGACCUUCCCUUCCCUUCCUUCUCUUCUAUCUCUAGACUCUAUCUAGACUCUCCCUCUCUCAAAGUACUUGUAGGAGUAGAAUUACUUAAGCAGCAGAGUCCUAGCCCACGCCGACGGCGACAACGACAAUGCCCGGCGGAGAAUUUAAUAACUACUACUCUCCGGCGACAUCACCCUCACCAGCACCGCUGUCGUUUAUCGAUGCAAGCGAAGAUGAAGUCUGGGUAUGGACACAAAUCAAAGCAGAGGCACGCAGGGACGCCGAGUCAGAACCAGCACUAGCCAGUUACCUCUACUCCACUAUCCUCUCUCACUCUUCCCUCGAACGAUCCCUUUCCUUCCACUUAGGUAACAAGCUCUCCUCUUCUACCCUCCUCUCUACUCUCCUCUACGACCUCUUCCUCAACACCUUCUCCACCGACCCCGCCCUCCGUGCUGCCUCUGUUGCCGACCUCCGCGCCGCUCGUGUCCGUGACCCUGCUUGCGUUUCCUUCUCUCACUGUCUCCUUAAUUACAAGGGCUACCUCGCCUGCCAAGCUCAUCGUAUUGCCCACAAGCUCUGGAAUCAAUCCCGUCGUCCCCUAGCCCUUGCCCUUCAUUCUCGUAUCGCCGAUGUUUUCGCCGUCGACAUUCACCCGGCAGCUAAGAUAGGGAAGGGGAUUCUGCUUGAUCAUGCAACUGGGGUUGUGAUUGGGGAGACUGCAGUGAUUGGGAAUAAUGUCUCGAUUUUGCAUCAUGUCACCCUAGGUGGGACUGGCAAGGUUGGAGGGGAUCGGCAUCCGAAGAUUGGUGAUGGGGUUUUGAUUGGAGCUGGAGCGACGAUUUUGGGUAAUGUGAAGAUCGGUGAGGGAGCAAAGAUUGGAGCCGGUGCGGUUGUUCUGAUCGAUGUGCCACCGAGGACUACUGCGGUUGGGAAUCCGGCGAAGCUUGUGGGAGGGAAAGAGAAACCUUCCAAGCUUGAAGAUGUUCCUGGAGAAUCCAUGGAUCAUACUUCCUUCAUCUCAGAAUGGUCUGAUUAUAUUAUUUAAUCUAAAUCAUGUGUUAAGCAAAUUUGAUAAUUAGUUUUUCUUCUUCUUCUUCUGUUUCAUCUAAUGCAGUGUAGUUAAGAUAAUGUCGAGAUGUGUGGCAUGUAUAAGCUAUGAAUUAAAUUUCCAUAUGUUCAUCUUCA